AUGGCAAAAUCAGGCACAGCACCAGCAACGUUUGCGAUUGACGAAGAUGGUGUUGAAGGGGCGAAUGUCCCAAUCGUCGUUGACUGGGAAGGAGAAGAUGAUGCUGAGAAAGCAACGAAUUGGUCGGUCUCCAAGAAAUGGGUUAACGUACUUCUUAUAUCGACUCUAACUCUGAUCUCUCCUUUCGGCUCCUCAAUGUUCGCACCCAGCACAAGCGAGACAAUGAGAGAGUUCCACUCCACCAACGUCGACCUCAAAUCUUUCAGUGUUUCCAUCUUCGUCCUCGGCUAUGCCUUCGGACCUUUGCUCCACGGACCACUAAGCGAGCUUUAUGGCCGGCUCAUUCUGUACCACGUCAACUCUCUCCUCUUCAUCCUAGCCAAUGUCGCUUGCGCAUUGUCGGUUUCUCUGCCGAUGCUAAUCGUCUUCCGUCUCAUCACCGGCCUCGUUGGUUCUUGCCCGUUAGCUAUCGGUCCAGCUAGCGUCUCGGACUUGUUCGUCCAGGAGGAACGAGGCAAAGGGCUUGCGGUCUGGAACCUGCCAGUACUUCUUGGCCCUGCCAUCGGGCCGUUGGUUGGAAGUUACUUGUCAGCGGCCACUGGGUGGAGAUGGGACUUUUGGUUUCUGGCAAUUGCGAUGGGAGCGAUCUAUAUCGCUACGCUAUUACUUCUCCGAGAAACUCAUUCGCCAACUCUGCUAGAGUGGAAAGCUCGAAGACUGCGCAAGAAGUACGGAAAUCCGGAGAUCUCAUCCAUCUUGGCAUCAAAAAAGUCUCCGCAGGCCACUUUUCUCAACGCAAUCGUUCGACCAACCAGGCUUCUCGUCUACUCACCUAUCAUUCUCACACUCUCUAUCUGUGCUGCAGUGAAUUAUGGCUUCAUCUACAUCAUCUUCACCACCAUGACCUCGACCUUCAUGAGCCGAUACGGUCUAAGCCACGGCGUCGUUGGUCUGACUUACCUGGGGUUUGGCAUUGGCAACAUUGUGGGAAACGUGACUCUUGGCGCUCUUUCCGACAAGCUUGUAAAAGCCAUGGCCCGCAAAGGAGAGAUGAAGCCCGAGUACCGACUCCCGCCACUGAUACCGGGAAGCCUCCUGGUUCCCAUCGGGUUAUUUUUGUAUGGUUGGACUCUACAGUACAACGUUCACUUCAUGGUGCCCCUGGCUGGCACCUUUUUGGUGGGAGUCGGUACCAUUCUUAUCUUCAUGUCUAUCAACUCGUACUUGGUCGAUGCCUUUACCGAGCACGCAGCCAGCGCGGUUGCCGCGAGCACCGUGUUGCGUAGCCUUGGCGGAGGAUUGCUUCCGCUUUGCGGAGGGAAGUUGUAUGAGGCUGUGGGUGAUGGAUGGGGCAAUUCGAUUCUUGGGUUUGUUGGGGUUGCUUUUAUACCUGCUGUGUGGCUGUUGUACAGGUUUGGAGAACGACUAAGGCUGAGUUCUCGAGUCUAG